AUGUCCAUGGCUGUGCCGACCUCGCUGCGCGCCCUGGCUCCCCCGGCGCUCCGCCCCUACUACCCUCUAGGGACGAGCGGGUCCGCGCGCCCGUCUCCGUCCCGCGCCACGAGGAGGCUGCCCCGGCGAAGGGGCGUGGCUCUGGCGGCCUCGGCUGCGCUGCCGUCGGACGCGGAGUGGCUGGAGCGGCUGCCGGAGAAGAAGAAGCCGCUGUACACGCACAGCCUGCCGGGCAUCGAGGCGUGGCUGCGCAGCAUCGGGUUCGCGCAGUCCCGCGAGGACCGCGCCGUCUGGGUCGCCGAGACCCCGCUCUGGCACGCCCGCCUCAGCCUCGACGUCACCGACCUCCACAUCAGAUACUUGAAAAGCGGCCCAGGAAAUCUUGACAAGGACAUGGAGAGAAGAUUCAGCUACGCGCUAAGCAGAGAAGACAUCGAGAACGCGAUACUCGGUGGACCCUAG